AUGGACCAGGAAGAGAAGGCAGAGGAGGGGGGCUCAGCCUCCUCUGACAAGGCGGGCUCCCCAGACCAGGAGGGCUUCUUCAACCUGCUAAGCCACGUGCAGGGUGACCGGAUGGAGGGGCAGCGCUGCUCGCUGCAGGCCGGGCCAGGCCAGACCGCCGAGAUGCAGGGCAGCCCCGAGCCCGAGAUGGACAGUCUCAUGGACAUGCUGGCCAGUACCCAGAGCCGCCGCAUGGAUGAUCAGCGUGCGACAGUCAGCACCCUGCCUGGCUUCCAGCCUGUGGGCGCCAAGGAUGGAGUGCAGAAACGAGCUGGAACCCUCAGCCCCCAACCCCUGCUCACCCCUCAGGACCCAGGCGCUCUCAACUUCCGUCGGAACAGCAGCCCCCAGCCCCAGACACAAGCCCCCUGA